AUGGUCGGAGGGAGGGCAGGUGAGGCACCUCAUCACGUCCCCGAGAGCCUCCCUCCUCCUCCUCUUCCUCCUCUUCCUCCUCCUCCUCUUCCUCCACGGCAGCCAGCCCCCCGCUCGGCCCCGACUCACUACCGGGCCUUCCGGUCCCGCGAGUGGAAGGCGGUGGAGCGGUCGCUGAGCCUCCUGCGGACCGUCGACUUCUACUGGGGCCCUCUGCCCGUUGGCGAGGCGCACGCCCGGCUGGAGGCCGAGCCCGUGGGCACCUACCUGCUGCGCGACAGCUGCCAGGUCAACUGCCUGUUCAGCCUGAGCGUCCGGGCCCCCCCGGGCCCCGUCAGCCUCCGGAUCGCCUUCCAGAAGGGCCGCUUCUGGCUGGGGAGUUGGUGCUCGGACUGUGUGGUCGGCCUGCUGGACAUGGUGGUGGAGGCCACCCGGGCCGGCUCCUUCCGCUGCGAUGGAGGCUUCGCCCUGGUCUUCUCCUCGCCCCUCAGGAGGACCGGUGGCCACCCGCCUCGCCUGCCGGGCCUGGACUGGCCCCAGGGUGCUAGGCCGGGGACGGGGCUCAGGGUCGAGGACCCAACCGAGGACAGCAGAGUUGUCUUUCGGCCAGAGCAGGGAGGGGGACCGCCUCCCCCUGCCCAGGACUCGCUUCCCCACCGACAGCUUGAGCCGUCCCGGACCCGAGACCCCCCCUUCCCCCAAACCCCCCUCACCCGCUGGAGAGGUGCCAACCACAGCAAGGCCGGGCCUGGGGACGCCGCUGCCAGCAGAAUCCCGCGAGACGAGGCUUCCGGCAAACCAAAAGCGAAACCGUUUUGCUACUUCCCCCCAGAAGAAGCUGCCGUCGUUGGUGACACCCGGCCCUCUUGGGCCUCGAGGUUUAUGCCCGGGAUGCCCUUUGUGGGAGACAAACAGAUCCAGGACUGCCACCGGCGGACUUGGUUCGGCAUUCCGACCCAGCCGGUCUGCAGCUCCUGGAAAAAAAUUCAGCCAUCAAACCCAGCAUCUCCGGUGUCGCGCUCCGUGGCAUUUCGGGGGGUGGUCUUGCACUUGAAGUGCAGGAAGCGGGAAGCGGAGGCGAUCGGAAAAGGGAGAGAAAAAAUUGCGGAUGGGCCCUGCCCUCCGCGGGUUUGCAGUCUGCAGUUCUGCAGGCUGAAUUUCGCGUUCUGA